AUGAAUAAAAAUAAUAAUAUUAGUCCUACAAAGAUAAAUAGCAAUAAUAUUAAUAAUAGUAGUAGUAAGUUGGAUGAAGAACAUGAAAGCAGAAAGAUUCUACUGAGUAGAUUGCCAGCCUCCAGACAACAGAACCCAGAGCGUUACGAUAAUAUAUUAAACUUUUGGUCGAAAUCUAUUAGAAGAGUGAUAGACGAAUGCAAUCUACUGAUAUUCACUCCACAACAACUGAAAGAGAUAUUCACUGUGGAAGGUGGUAUCACUCCUAUUUCUUUAAUGAACAUCAUCGAUGAAAUUGAAAGAGGUAAUGAUAUUGAAUUGUUAAGUAAAUUCACUACACAGAUGGGUUGGUCCAGUUGGUUGUGGAAUAGAGUUGCAGUACCUACAUUCCAGUGGUCAGUAUCAAAGGUUUAUCCGAGCAGUAUGAACUCACCUAGAAAGACAGACAACAGUAAGGCUGUUCUCGAGAGAAAACUGGUUUGUCCGGCUGCAGCAAACAUCAAAGCAGAAGAACUGUAUCAAAUUCAACUCGAUAGAAUACAAUCGACAAUAGACAAUAUAGUAUCACUCUCGAACGUCGAGAAAGAGAUUGCCGAUUGGUUGAUAACCAAAGAGGAACUUGCUCUACUACUUCAUAUCCUAGAUAAAGAAGGUAAAGCAAAAUUAAUUGUACAUAAUAAUGAAACCAAGGGUGUAAAGUUUGCAAAUGAAGGAGAGAAAGUAGUGGUUUUGGAUACAGAUUUGGGUGUGCUAGAGUUGAAUAAUACCUAUGAGAAGUUGAUUGCUCAGGAAGAAAAGUUAAAGAAUGAUAUCGAUGCCUGUAGCGAACAGAUAAGAACAUAUGUCAGAGCGAAACAGAGGGAUCUUUCAUUGACACAGCUGAAGAGAAAGAAGACAUUGGAGUCGAUUCUAGCAAAGCGACAACAGGCAUCGAAUAACAUACAUGAACUAUUGGCAAGCAUUGAAUCGGCGCAUUCCAAUCAACAGGUAAUGGAUACGCUGUGCGUCGGUGUAUCCACCUUGAAGAAGGUCAAUGAGAAGAUGUCGGUCGAUCAAGUCGAUAAGGUAAUGGACGACUUUGCCGAUGUUAUGCUCAACCAAAAGGAAAUAGAAGAAGCAAUCACAACAGGAAUGGCAGCAAACGCACCAGAAUCAAACCCAGAGGAAGAUGCAGAGUUGGAGCGUGAACUAGAGAAAUUGGAAGAAGAACAAAAAUUAAAACAACAACAACAAAACAAGACACCUACGACAGAGAAUCCAACAACAACAACAACGACAACAACAUCAAAGACACCACCAGUAAAAUCACAAGAAGAUAUAGAGUUAGAAAAAGAGUUGGAACAACUAGAGAAUCUAUCACUCAAUGAAUCAUCACCAAAAGAAAAGAAGAAAGAACCAAUACUUGAAGCAUCUUGA